AUGCAUCAUCACGAAAGUCAUGGCACCUCAGUCAAGAUCCUUGUGCUCGGUGAUUCGGGUGUGGGCAAGUCCAGCCUUGUUCAUAUGCUAUGCCACAAUGAGCCUCUGAGAGCAUUGAUGCCAACUGUUGGGUGCAAUAUAGACGUCCGCCUCCAUUCAUCCACAGUCCCAACGGCUGCAGCUUCAGUUUCUCGCUCCAAUAUACCCUCACUUGUCACCAGAAACAACCAAUCAGCCGAUCUGUUAUCCUCUUCAAGUGCAGCAGAACCUGUAUUCAUCGAGUUUUACGACAUUUCAGGUUCACCAACUGUGCGACAUCCAAAGUCGAGGAGCAUGUUCUAUACCGGUUCCACAUACCAAGGAUUAAUCCUCGUGCACGAUCUCUGCAACAAGAGAAGCUAUGAGAACCUAUGGAAGUGGAUCAGCGAUUACAUGGAAAGCUCUCAGUCCAGAUCAACCUUGGUAACAGGAGGGUAUGGCGGAGGACAAUAUGCUCAACCAAAUAUCCCUCUCCUCGUGAUAGGGACUAAAAAUGAUAUGGCUGCUGACUACAGCCAGCAGAAGAACGGAGUUACCGUCUGUGGCGCCGAUCUGGUACAAAAGUACGGCGGCGAAGCCAUCUCCAUUUGCGCCAUCUCACCCGCAGAUUUUGCCCCCAACUCUUCGACGAUGAUCGCAUUCAACAUGUUUUUCAGUCGCAUCAUCCAUCCCUCAAGUGAUACUCCAUACUCAAGUAGCCCUUUGAAUCAGAGUGGUACAUAUCCAUUAGCCACUUCAACAGCAAGUCCGACGCCUAUGUCUUUUCGACCUCCUCCCACACCAACGCCAGGAUUGGAGCACCCUCGCUACCAAGAACGCACAAUUUCGACGGAUUCGGAUUCUGGCGCACGGUCUAUACCGAUCCUGGACUUUGCCACGUUCACGGGAGGAGCGAGUACAAGCGCGAAUCCGUCUAGAGAGUCAGUUUAUGAUCGCCAUCACCAUGUACCAUCGCGCGUGGGUUCCCCAUCGCCGUCGUCAUUGGGACCAGGUCAAGUCCCGUCAAGACCGAUUACGCCCACAGGGAUGAGUUCUGGUGCAGCAUUGUCGACCAAAAGUGCACUCAGAGCUCAGUACGAGAGGAACCGCAGUGUUCUCAAUCAGUACAGCAAUACCGGCGUCCCCAUCUAUAUCAACAGCAGAAGCAAUACGCCUUCUGUUUCACGGUGA